UUCUGUAUUCAUCAUAGUUUUUUUCUAAAUGGAUCACUUAUUUACGUGACAUCAAAAUUACCUCGAUAUUCUAUUUCAAAUGGUACAGCAUUUGGUGUGUUAUCGGCUAAAAUUAUUUUGAUCAACAACACUACUGAUUUCUACGAUACUCAUUGAUAAUAUCAACAACAUUUACUGAUAAAUGUCUUAAUACGUAGAAUCACAUCAUAUGAUAAUAUCUGACUGUUUUCGUCAUUCAUGGAAUUGGAUAACUCACUUAAACUUGAAGAGUAUAAAAGUGCAGACAGAGAGAAUGAAAAUGAUUGUUUCCAGGAUGUUGAUGACUGCGAUUGUUCUUUCAGUGAUAGUCAAUUCGAUAGUUGCAUCAGACUGCUAUGAAUGCCAAAAUUGUAAACAUGUGGAUAGAAGUACUCCAAGAAGAAGUAAUUGUGGAGGUUGUCUUAAAUAUGUGUAUCAUGGGCAGGGCAAUCGCGUAGACAGACAGUGUGUAGCUACCUGUAAUGGCGUACAACAAACGACAGAUUACAGAGUCUACUGCUGCAGAGGGAAUUUAUGCAAUUCCAGCUCGAAAGUCACACUGAACGCAACAUUUAUUUAUUCGAUUCUUUUUAUCGCUGUAACUACAAUAUUUUAUAACAAAUGAGAAUAAUUUUUUAAAAAUACACUAUUUGUCUCACAUAAAUUGAUAUAAUACUUUUAUGAAUUCCUCCUCACUCCGAGUGGAAUACAGUGCAUCAAAAAUGAGAACUGAAAUUUCAUUAGCA